AUGAGGAAACCAAAGGGUCCAAGUCUGCACCCGCGCCAAGCAGGUACCACGCUUCAUGCUUAUGGUUGGCGUUGGCAAAAGUUCCUCGAACCUUUCAGGAAGCGAGUACGGAUACUCGAGCCUAUCACCAAGCAAGGCGACAAGGUUCGUACGGACGCUACCCUACCUCGCGGCUUGGUACAGUACGACGGUGCAAGAGCGGGCAGUAGUGGUGGACUUGUCCAUAGUCCAUGGUCGGCUCAGCCUGCCAUCGCCUACGGGUACUGUGCGGGAACAUCGCACCCUGACAUUCCGGUGCCCACGUUCCUUUGUCCCACGCACUACGCACUGCUCCGCGCACUCUCGAAGCCUGGUCCAGGCCCGCUGCUAAUCACCCAUCUACCAACCACUUUCCCUGUAUCUCUUCGUAGAGGGAGCAAACAUGUGUUUCUCGGCUUCAACGUUUACUGCAUUCCUGUGCCGCCUCCAGCACAUAUCGAUGACUACGUCUUGGACCCUGGAAUGGAGCCGUUGAAUGAUAACCGUCCUUGUCUGUUGUCUCGCUGGCGUCGACAUCUUUCCAGCCGCGCUUGA